AGUCGGGCUUCCUAUCGUUGGUUGUAAGGGGGCCGUGGACUGAAGCGGAAGCUCAGACAGAGUGUUGUCCUUCCUUCUGCCAGACUCUCAGGAUGAGGAUCGGUCGCAGUUUGUCUGUAUGUCUCUGAUCAUAUCACACCAGCAGCUCCUCUCCCACCGCCCGAAUGCAGAUUAAUAGGCAUGCCAAAGGAAAAAUAUGAUCCUCCAGACCCACGCAGAUUAUAUACCAUCAUGUCAGCAGAGGAAGCAGCCAGUGGGAAGAAGUCACACUGGACCGAGUUGGAGAUUUCUGGGCGGGUCAGAAGUCUAAGCAGCUCAAUAUGGACGCUGACCCAUCUGACUGCUCUCCACAUCAACAACAACAACCUGAGCCGGAUUCCUCCUGAAAUCGCAAAGCUACCCCAUCUCGUCUACCUAAACCUGUCCUCCAACAAACUGCGCAGCCUGCCAGCAGAACUCGGCAACAUGGUGACUCUCAGGGAAUUGCUUUUGAACAACAACUGUUUACGAGUUUUGCCUUAUGAACUUGGCCGGCUUUUCCAGUUGCAAACACUUGGCCUCAAAGGUAAUCCAUUGUCCCAGGAUAUACUCAACCUGUAUCAGGAGCCUGAUGGAACAAGGAAAUUAUUGAAUUACAUGCUUGACAAUCUUGCAGUCCACCCAGAACAACUCCCCCAAAGGCCUUGGAUCACUUUGAGGGAGCGAGACCAAAUGAUGCCCACAGCUGUGUUCACAGUAAUGUGUUACAACGUACUGUGCGACAAGUAUGCAACAAGACAGUUGUACGGCUACUGUCCCUCAUGGGCCCUUAACUGGGAGUACAGGAAGAAAGGCAUCAUGGAGGAGAUCACGAACUGUGAUGCUGACAUCAUCAGCCUGCAGGAGGUGGAAACAGAGCAGUACUACACUUUCUUUCUGGAAACACUGAAAGAGCGUGGAUAUGAUGGCUUUUUCUGUCCAAAGUCUCGUGCCAAACUCAUGUCAGAACAGGAGCGGAAACAUGUAGAUGGCUGUGCUGUGUUCUUCAAGACUGAGAAAUUUACUCUGAUGCAGAAACACACAGUGGAGUUCAAUCAGGUUGCCAUGGCAAACUCGGAGGGCUCGGAGGUUAUGCUAAACAGAGUCAUGACCAAAGAUAACAUCGGAGUAGCUGUCCUGUUGGAGGUGAAGAAAGACUUGUUUGCUAGUGGUUUAAAGCAGCCUGCAGAGGAACAGUUCCUGCUGGUAGCUAAUGCCCACAUGCACUGGGAUCCAGAGUUCUCAGAUGUGAAGCUCAUCCAGACCAUGAUGUUCCUGUCUGAGCUAAAGAGCAUCGCUGAGAGGGCAUCGGGCUCCAUCAAUUCUGCAUCUCCCACGUCAGACACCAGCACCAUCCCUAUAGUCCUGUGCGCUGACCUCAACUCCCUCCCAGACUCUGGUGUGGUGGAAUAUCUAAGUAAUGGUGGAGUUGCAGAAAAUCACAAAGACUUUAAGGAACUGCGUUACAGUGAUUGCUUAACCAACUUCAGUUGCAACGGCAAAAACGGAAAGCCCGAUGGCAGUAUCACGCACAGUUUCCAGCUGAAGAGUGCCUACGAGGGGAAUCUCAUGCCCUACACCAACUACACUUAUGACUUCAAGGGCGUUAUUGACUACAUCUUCUUCUCUAAGACACAGAUGCGUGUUCUGGGCAUUCUGGGUCCACUGGAGACUCAGUGGCUGAAGGACAACAACAUAACUGGCUGCCCCCACCCGCACAUCCCCUCCGAUCACUUUUCCCUUCUGGCUCAGCUGGAGUACCACCCGCCUUUACCCCCCCUCAACGGGCUGCACCUGCCUGUCCACAGGUAGUGCAGCCCCCCUUCCCCAAACCAUGGACGAAUGAUGAGCUCCUACAAAUAUAGGCACACACAUUAAGGAGUGAAGUACUCACCUACUUUGUUCCUUUUUUAAACUUUGCACACGAUUAUAUGAUCUUAUUACAUUUUCCAACAUGAAAACAAAAGCUUAAUACCAAAUUAGGGUUGGGAUUCUCUGUUUGGUACCAAACAAAUGCUGCUUUCAGGGAAAUCGAGUCUAAAUGUGAGAUUGUGUAAGCCAUGUGUCAGUAUUUGGAUGGUAGAAAUGUGUAACUUAAGCGAAGACAGAUCAUGUAGCAUAACAAUGUCAGCAAGAGUAUUACAAAAAAGAUGUUUCAGUUUGCAUCCUCUUUUAAAUUCCCCUUCAGCAUCUCAUAAAUUUGACAAGAAAUCAUUGACAGCAUUUAAAUCUGUGAAUUUCCCAGUACAAUAAUACCCCAUUUGUCUCUUUAUUAUGCAAUCAAAUAUUAGUUAAUAUCUAUUUUUAAUUGAAAAUUCUUAAUAGUGCAAUGUAAAGUAUUAUGCAAACUUGUCUUUUGGUCAAAAAUGUACACUAUUAAAGAGGAUCCCAGCCCUACUGAUUAUAACCCAGCUGUGCGGUUUUCUCUUGCUGCUUGCAUCAGCAUCUAAAUCACAUCACAGUACUGAUGUAUAUUUACACAAUACAAGUCCUCCCUGCCUCAGUGAUCUCAUGAUGUCAGCGAGAAUCUCUUGAUUGGUAGAUGGUUGACGUUAUUGGUACAAUUUAUAAUUGCUACAGAAGACUACCUAGGGGUUUAAGGCAUAGUUUGCCCAAAAAUGAAAAUACGGUCAUUUUACUCACCCUUAUGGUGUUCCAAACCUGUAUGACUUUGUUUCUUCUGUGGAACAGUUUUCAUUUUUGGGUGAACUAUCCCUUUAACUCAGGCUAAUUCAGCUUAGUCCUGUUUCACAUUUGUUUCAAUGCUAAUGGCUUGCCAGCUGCAUCGGUACAGGAUGAAUGUUAAUUUAUAAAUGUCAUUUUGUGAUUUGUUGGAGAAGAGAAAAAUGACAUGAUUCUUUCAUUUUAUUUGUUUGGCACAACUAUACGAUUCGAGAGCGUUUCUGUAGUUAAAGGCUGUUCUCACUGUUAUAUCUACACAUUUAUGGUUUGCAAGGUUGGCAAGCUAAAACACAAUUUUCGCUAAAUUUUUCUAAAAGCUGUAAUACGCUACACAAACUAACACAGAAACAUAUCUGUCAUUGCUAGGAGCCGAAUAACCAGUUAAAACAAUAUGCGUUGUAAAAUCAUCUCAGACAUUUUUGAUGUUGUCCGACUGGACAUAGUUCAUAGUCCGAAGCGGAAAAAAAAGAAAAAAGUCUGUGCCCACACUGUGAUUUUCUGUGAAAUCUGUCAACUCAAAUCUGCAUUUGCUCUGACUUUAGGCAGCUAGUGUCAACUUGUCAAGAGUGCAAACCGUGGUAAAAGUUGUGUAGUGUAUUUAUAGUCUUAAACUGAAUGAAUUUGGGCAAACUAUUACAUUUUCUAAAGCAUUUAUUUGAUGUCAGUGGCAUUAGUGUUGUCUGUCACAUGACUACUGUGAGAACAUUUCCCUGCAUGAAUUCAGACUUUUAUAAACUAAAAAAAUAUCAAUCAUCAAAAUGUAUAAAGCAAGGUCUUGAGUUAAAAUCCUGGAGCAUUUUGUGAUGUUUAACCAAUGAGGAGCUUAGGUUGUUGAUCGUAUUUGUCUAUUCGACAUAUCCAGGCUCACUUAAUGUCUUUUUUGUACAAAGCUAUAACUUCCCUAACAUGCUUCAGCAGACUGUGCCUUGUUCUGUGUUGAGCUGGUGUGAGUAAUACGUUUCAAAAGGAAGCUCAGAGGUGCUGAAGUGGACUAUUUAGUGUUGGACUAUGUGUGCUGCAUGCUACUUAUCACUUACUGCCAUCAGACCUCAGAAAAUAAACAAUAACCACACUGA